AUGCCUAUUCGCCGCCUCAGGCUGGACGACGACGAAGAAGAAGAAGAAGAAGAAGACCAAGACAAUGAAAUACAAGACGCACUUCAGCCACAGCCACAGCCACACACAGUCACUGUCACAGUUACACAUCAACCUCCAAACCCUACCAAUUUCCCCUCCGAGCCUGUUGAAAUCUCCGACGACGAAGAAUUCAUCGACGUCUCCGAUAACCUCUCGCCGCCUCCGGUUCCAGGCUGUCCCAUCAGCGAUUAUCUUUGCCGCCUUGGAUUGUGCUUGAAGAGAGACUGGCUAGCUUCUUGUCUUCGUGAACUCCAGGGCUCCACAAGGGGCUUCGAAGGGUUCGAUGUCACCACAAAGGCCAAGCUCUGUUUCGAGCAAUUUCUCUUUGCUGAUAUGAACUUCUGUGGGAGCGGCGUUCUCCCUCCCAAUGUGGAUUCCAUGCAUCUUCGUGUUCUCCCUGGUCCUUACGUUUUACAGGUUGAUGAAAUAAUCAAUAUCAGUUGUCCUCUUCGAGGCAGAUAUCAACAAGCCCCUCCUGGACUUAAAAGGUGCCUGAAGUUGUCAAUGACUGAUGGUAUCCAGAGAGUCUUUGGAAUGGAGUACAGGCCCAUUAAAGCUCUUGAAGUCUGUGCAUCUGCUGGUUUAAAGGUUGCUAUCACUAAUGUACAUGUGCGUCGUGGACUUUUGAUGCUGGUCCCUGAAACCAUAGAAGUUUUGGGGGGAUUAGUUGAUCAGUUGGAUGCAGCACGAAAGCGGCUGGUUGAUGAAUUAAAUAAGCCACCUAGGGGAAAAAGAACCAAAAAUGGAGUGCUUCCUCCUUUAGCAACCAGAGCAACCCUUGCUGCAUGGCCUUCAAAUGGAGUUAAUGAUCUUGGGCGGAGUGCCUCCACAUUGCACAAUACUGAUUUUGUGCAGGCAAACAACCAAGGUGCUGGCCUGAGCAUGACUGGCACUGGUAACCGCUUAACAACUGAAGAUACUUUGCUCAUGGGUGCACAAAAUGCUGCUUCCAAUUCAACACCACCCAUGGUUUCAAAUGCUGAGGCCAUGAAUAUGGAUAUGCAUAGGGAUACCAAUCCUGUGUCCUUCACAAAUUCUAUAACUAACCAGUACUCUUCUAUCAUUGCAAAGGCUGAGGAGAUGCAUAUACAUAUUGCUAAUAUCACCAGGGAAAAUUCUGUUGGCAAUCAAUCUUCUCAUAUGCUUUCAAAUGUUGCAGUGGCACAUAAAGAUACUGUUCACGUGACUAGAGAAAGUUCUAUGGCUACUAAUUGCUCUCCUGUUGCUGAAAAUGUUGAGACAGACAGUGGUAGAAUUCAUGUAAUCACAGAUAAUGCUCUUUCAAGAGGAUCCUCCUCCACUGUUUCAAACAGUGAUGAUAUUCAGAUGGUUGAUGCCAGUGACCACCCACUCAUACUGUCUGGAAACCAAGAAGUUCCUUUCACAUACUUAGCUAGUUUGUCAACCAAGUGGGCUGAAAUGAAGGAGAAAGUUCCUUUGGUUCAGGGUAAAAUUAAGUGCUUUUUGACUGGUGUAAAAGGAUUCCAGUAUAAGAAAAGGACAACAUACGAGCUUCAGGCAUAUGUAGAUGAUGGUAGCCUUAUUUCAGAAAUCCUCAUUGAUCAUGAUGUUGUGCAGAAAGGAAUUGGUUAUUCUCCUCAGGAGGUCACCGCGGCUCUUUCUUCUUCUGACAUGAGAAUAGUCCACAACAUGAAGGAGACAAUGCGUAAAUUCCAAGCUUUUUUAGCUAACUUUGAGGGUAUAAUACUUGUGGAAUUAAAUAAAAAAUCUUCCCUUCCUCUUGCCCUAGAGAUGUGUCAAGGCUGUCCUCAAACUGAUGCAUGGUUACUUCUGAGAAGGCUGAAGUCUCUUCAGCCUGCGCAAGUUGAAUAACAUUUUCCUUCAAAUCCAAUUGAUUUAUCCCCGUAAUUAUCCGAAUGACCAGCAUUUCAUAAUUUGGCUGGGACAGAGUUGGGCUCAAAAUUGUUACACCAAGCAAACAUAAUGUGAAUGGCAAUAUGCUAUUGCAGGUCUUGCAUUUUCAAAGAUGAAAAAGAAGCUUGUCUCCAUACUUCACCAAAAUCAUCGAGUCCUCGGUUCCUAAAAUAAGUAAGAUGGACUUGGAAAUAUGGCAUUAUGAGAUAGCGUUAGGUGCUUAACUAACUUGAGUGCUGCCAUCUGGCCUGAGGUGAAGGUUCGAAGUUGACCUAUAGUCUAUAGAUGUAAUGUAAGAAAGGCCUUGUAUGCACAGGUCCAGGGAAAAGACGAUAAAAUGUUGGGUGUUCUUUUUCAUCAAAACAAGGAAGGGCCUUCUCUUCAAUCCAGUUUCUAUAGAAGAAGAAACAUCGUGAUUGGUGGACCUUAAAUGGCAGUAAUACCCUACAUUGGUGAAAAUAAUGAAUGAUUAUUGGGAAAAGGAGGAAAGAAACAAGAUAACGUAUGUGAUAAGGGUUGGCUGGUAUAUACACUAUACGGGACGCAUGAAUUAGCCUUGCAUCUUUUCAUCGUCAUUCGUAUUCCCG